CUUGAAAGUCACCCUCUCACCAUCCGGGCUUCUAUAUAAAUAGAGGUAUACGCAUGCGCAAUAGUUUCCAAUCGGUUCGACCUCUGUUGCCGAGACAGACACGGGUUUAUGAUCAAAGCCGAAAGUAGGAGCAAAUAAAUAGUCAAAAAUGUACGCCUGCGCUAAAUUCGUCUCCACACCUGCCCUGGUCCGUGCUGGAUCCCGUGCUCUGUACAGGCCCCUCUCGGCAUCAGUGUUGUCCCGGCCAGAGGUUAGAACUGGAGAGGGAAACGCUGCACUUGUGAGUGGGACACAGAACACUUUCUCUCAAGUAGCACUGAGGGGGUUUCAGACUAGUGCUGUCAGCAGGGACAUUGACACUGCUGCGAAGUUCAUUGGUGCUGGUGCUGCCACAGUAGGAGUGGCUGGUUCUGGGGCUGGAAUUGGAACAGUCUUUGGCAGCCUUAUUAUUGGUUAUGCCAGAAACCCAUCCCUAAAGCAGCAGUUGUUUUCCUAUGCUAUUCUUGGAUUUGCCCUGUCUGAAGCUAUGGGUCUGUUCUGUUUGAUGGUUGCUUUCUUAAUCUUGUUUGCCAUGUAAAGGUUCUGCUUCAAAUGUUGGCACAAUGAAUAUCCAGAUGUAACUACAUAUUUACAGUGGUUAUCAGAACUGUUCUGUGUUUGUCAUGAAAGUGUACAUUUUCCAAGUGUGUUGAACACUCAAAAUAAAACAGUAAAAAUGUGUGGAAAGAA